AUGGCUGCAGGCAAGGGAUAUAAUCAUCGCAUACAAGUACUCGAUCCACAAGGACGCUUUUUGCGCGCAUUUGGCUCACAGGGCACCACCGAUGGCAAAUUCAAUUAUCCCUGGGGCAUAGCAACCGAUUCAUUGGGUUUCAUUUAUGUUUGUGACAAAGAAAACCAUCGUGUGCAGGUGUUUCAAUCUGACGGCACCUUCGUUGGUAAAUUUGGAAAACUCGGUCCCUUGGAAGGAGAACUAGAACAUCCACACUACAUCGCUGUUUCGAAUACGAAUCGUGUUAUUGUAUCCGAUUCCAAUAAUCAUCGAAUUCAGUUAACUAAUGGCGAUUUCGUUUCUACAAAGAAUGUUGCCUUAUCAUCGCAAAAUGUGGAGCCCAACGCGUCCUGUAUCCGUAGUAGUACACGGAACAUGGGAGGACGCUCAAAAGAGCCAGAUAUAAUCCAAUAG